GGUUUCAAAAAACUUAAAAUUGCAAUGGUAGAAUAGAGCAGGUGCAUAGAAAAUUAAAUACAAAUAUAGAGAAGACUUGGAAGAAGAAUUAUUUGAAUUUUGAAGGAACUUAGAAAUUCUGAAAUGUAGAUAGAUGUGAGAAGUAAGUGCAUUCAAAUGUGGAAAUAUAAAAUAUAGGUAGUAAGUAGCAAGUAAGCCAAUUUAACAAAAAUAUAGAGUUUGUGAAGGAUAGUAAUGUUUAAAUUAAACUGAAAAGGAAGACAGAAGUCAGAUUAUGGUAGGCUUUAACUGCCAAAGAAGGAUUUGUAUUAUCUAGAAACAAGAGGAGCAACUGUUACACUUGAGCUUUAAGAAUACCAAUUUGGUAGUUUUUUUGAGGAUGGAUCAGAGGGAAAGAGUUGAGAGACCAAUUUUAAGAUACUAUGGUAAUUAGGAAAAAGUUGGUAACCUGCUUAAACUAGAAUAGUAGUUGUGUGGGUGGAGAGAAGAGGAUGGAGAUAGACUUGACAGGAAUUUGCAACAGAAAGCAAAUGUUAAGUGUCAGACCUGAGUGAUGGAUACUGAAGCCCUCGGGGGAAAAAAAGGAUUUUUUUUGGGAAUAAAUUUCUGUUGUGGAAAUGUAUAGUUUGAGGUGACUAUGGACAUCCAGUUCAAAAUGCUAGUCAUUGAUAAUAUAGGGAGAGAGUGUGGCUGACAAAUAGCAUUGGAAGUCUACUGCAUAAACAUGGUUGCUAAUGAGAUGACCAAGGAAUAUAGCAUAAAGACCUAGGACAGAGUCCUGGAGAAUACAUUUGUAAGCAUAGGCAUUAGAAUGUGGAUUAAAGAAUAACGAGACUAGAGGCUAACUAGGAGUACUCAGUGGGAGAGUGAGUGUCUAGGAUGAUUUAGUGGCCAAUGCAGAAAAGAGCUGGGAAAAAGGUAAAGAAUUUUGGCAAUCAAUACACCAUAGGUAACUUUGGAGAAUGCAAUUUUAGCUGAAUGAUGGCAUUAGAAGCCAGACCUUGAAAAGUGACUGUGAAGUAAGAAAAAGAGGUAAAGACAGCUUUUUCUAGGUGUCUGGGAGUGAAUGCGGGGAGAAGGAAAGGAUGGUAGUUGGGAGUAGAUGAAGUGAUAGAAUUAGAAAUGAGAAGACAUUUGGGCAUGUUUGUUAAUAGGGAAGAGUAUAUAGUCUCUACUUAGAUUGUUUUGGUUUUAGUCUAUAUACUUGAUUUUAUCACUGUAGGAGCUUUCUCCACACAUAUAAUUUAUCUUAUAGCCUUUGCUCCCUGGAAACACUGAAGGGGGUAGAAUAACAUACCAUGAUCAAGUAGAACUUAGUGAUUCAGUUGGAAAAAGCACUGGCUCUGGAGUCAAGAGGACUCAAGUCCAAAUCUUAUCUCUUAUGUUUACUACUUGUAUGACUUGGGAUAAAUCAUUUGGACUAGAUGACUGCUAAGGUCUCUUCCAGUUCUUAACCUGUGAUUCUAAAUUUCCCUGACACUAAGGCAUGCCCUUUAUCUGUUGUGCCAUUCUGCCUUCCAGUUUUGAUUAUUAAAAAAAAAAAAUUGUCAAAUUAUAGAGGAGUAGAAUUAUUAUAUUUUGAUAGAUCUUAGGCCCUGGUAUAGAGCAGGGGUCAGGAGAACUGGAGUUGAAUUCUCUCUAGCUCCAAUAGUUACAUGUAACUGAACAAGUUCACUAAGCUUUAAUUCCUGAUUUUGUAAAAUGGGAAAACCAAGGUUAGAAAUAGUAGUACAAAGUUCAUAUACACAAAAAUAUUCAACACAAAAAUGUCAACAAAUGCAAAGAUGUUUGUAAGGAGAAUUCCUAAAUGUUGCUUUCUUACUAAAAUAUAGAGAAUUGUGGGAGUACAAUGCAGAGAUUGAAGAAGGCAUAGAAAAUAGAAAAUAACUUCAUGAGCUUUUCCAAUGGGUUUGUGGUUUCAUUAAUAAAAAAGCGUAAGCAUGUCAUCAGAUAUCUUAGUGGUACAUUUUAUGAAUGCAUAGUCACAAUGCCAUAGCCUAUAUUCUAGGCGAUGGCAUGGCUUAUAUAACAAUCUGAUGCUUCAGCCAGAUUAAUUUGAAUGUUAUUCUAAGCCAAAAUGUCAGAAGUAACAUUUAUUCCAUGACUGGAAUAAAAGCAGGGGGAGAGAGAAGAAAUACAGUGUAGUAGCUUGUAUGGCACAAUGAAAAGAAUGCUUGGAUUUGGAACAGAGGAUCUGUCUCUGCUACUUCCUACUUUUAUGACCUUGGGUACAAAUGGCUUAACUUCUCUAAGCCUCAGUUUCUGAUCCUGAAGGUGUUGGACUAUAUGGUCACUAAGGUACCUUUUAAAUGUAUGACCUAAGAUUUACAAUUGCUUGUAAUGAACAUAUAUUAUUUUUAAAGUUUUUUUACUUUUUUUUUUUUCUAUCACUGCUUCCUCCUCCACCCCCAAGCUUCCCUUGUAAGGAAUAAAUUUAGUUAAGCAAAAUAAAAUCAGCAUUGACUAUCUGAAAAUAUCUCUCAUUCUGUAUUUAAAAUCUGCCACUUUUCUGUUGAAAGACAGAUAUGUUUGACCAUCAGUCCUCUAGAAAACUGUAUUAGUCACUGCAUUGAUCGGGAAGUCUUUCAAUGUCGUUUUCCUCUACAAUAUUGUGGUAUUUUUGUAUUGUUCACCUGGCCCUGCUCACUUCAUCAGUUAAUAGAAAUCCUUCCAAAAUUUUUCUAAGUUUUUCACAUCCCUUUCUUAAUGCAGAGUAAAUAUUCCGUUACAUUGUACUACAUAGCACAAUUUUUUUCAGUCAUUACAUUAUUGGUUCCUCUUAAUUGGUACUAGAAUGGUACUAAAAAUAUUUUUAUGUUUAUGGACUUUGUACUACUAUUUCUAACCUUUGUUUUACCAUUUUACAAAAUCAGGAAUUAAAGCUUAGUGAACUUGUUCAGUUACAUGUAACUAUUGGAGCUAGAUAGAAUUCAACUCCAGUUCUCCUGACCCCUGCUCUAUACCAGACUAUUCAAAUAUAAUUUAUAUAAAAUGGAGAUAUACAUAAAGACAAUUAACUUAGCUGCGUCCUUGCAGCAAAUGAUACAAAGGUAACAUUCCUCCUUUAGGAAAGGGUGAUGACCUCGGAAGGAGAAGAGAUCCUUUCUAAGGGGUGCAAUUGCGAGGAAGGCUGAAGAAUUGAGAGAACAGCUGGCAUGGAGUCCUGCCUCCUCGUGAGCACAGACUCCGCCCUCCGUCCCGCCCUCCCCAAAGGACUCUGGUGGGGGCGGAAACAUAGAAUGGUGACGUGUUCUAGAAGCUCUUGUUGGUUGGCUGAGGUAGCGGCCCCCUGCCCUUCUCGGAAGUAACCGGGGAGCGAGGCGGCUCCGGGAGAGCUGGCUUGCCGCGGAGGUAAACAUGGCGGCCGCGGACGCAGAGGCACUGUCCGCGGUUUUGGCCCCAGCCCCGCUACAAGCUCCGGCUCCGGACCCGGCCGCGACUCGAACCAGUAGAGAAGAUGCUGCUACCUGCGCGACUAACAGCCGGUGGGGACUCGACACUGGGUUGCGAGGAAGCCGAGCUAGGAUGGCGGGGGGGAAACGACAGUCUUCAAUCGCGACCCCGAACCCUGCUCUUGCGGGCGAACUGAUCCGGCCGUCCGUGUCGGAGCUGUCCCGGGCCGUGCGCACCAACAUUCUGUGCACCGUGCGCGGCUGCGGCAAGAUCCUGCCCAAUGGGCCCGCGCUCAACAUGCACCUGGUGAAGAGCCAUCGCCUGCAGGAUGGAAUAAUAAAUCCAACAGUAAGAAAGGACUUGAAAACGACACCCAAAUUCUAUUGUUGCCCUAUUAAAGGAUGUCCUAGAGGUCCUGACAGACCAUUUUCACAAUUUUCUCUUGUAAAACAGCACUUUAUGAAAAUGCAUGCUGAAAAGAAGCAUAAAUGUGAUAAAUGUAGCAACUCCUAUGGUACUGAAUGGGACUUAAAACGACAUGCAGAGGAUUGUGGCAAGACUUUCCAGUGCACAUGUGGUUGCCCAUAUGCCAGCAGAACAGCAUUGCAGUCACACAUUUAUCGAACUGGCCAUGAAAUCCCUGCAGAGCACAGGGACCCACCUGGAAAGAAAAGGAAAAUGGAAAACUCUCUGCAUAAUCAGCAAUUGUCUGAUAAGGCACUUGAAUCGCUAAUCAACAAACCAACUACUAGAACAGAUACUCAAGACCUGGAAACUUCAGAGAUAAAGUUGGUGGCUUCUUUUGAAGAUUCUUGUAGCUCUAAUGCCAGAAAGCAAACCCUUACACCUCCGAGAUACACUCCGAAGUUGCUUUUGCCGAAGCCCAAAGUGGCUUUGGUUAAGCUUCCUGUUAUGCAGUUUUCACAUUUGCCUAUCUUUGUGCCUGCAGCAGACUCUUCAGUCCAGCCCAUGGUGGUUGGUGUUGAUAAUCAAGGGUCUGUCACAAACACUGUUCAUCUACUUCCUUUGUCAAUAGGAACUUUGAUACUAGGAUUGGAUUCAGAGGGUUUCUCACUUAAGGAAGGCUUACCACUUUCAAAAAUAGUUAAUCCCGUUGCUGUUGAACCUAUUAGUACAGGUGUACAAGUGAAUUUGGGCAAAAACUCAACUAAUGCAUUACAAGAAUUAGAAAAUAUGUGUCAAAAGAAUAAAAUUUCUUCCAUCAAUGUACAAACAGAUGUAUCUUAUACUUCACAAACUCUCAUGUCACCUUCACCUUGGGCCCCUCCUGAUUCCUCUGUGUCUUCUUGUUCUCAAACAGAUUUAACAUUUGGUUCUCAAGUUUCUCUUCCCAUCAGUGUUCAGACUCAAACAUUUUUGCCCUGUACUAAGAUAACCUCCUCCAUAGCAGCACAGACAGAUACCUUUACUCAUGCUUGUCUCCAGCCAUGUGGGAUCUCUAGGGAAACUCAGACCAGUGGAAUCCAGAGUUCAGCAGAUGCCACAAUGUCAGUGAACCAGACUGUCAUGUGUAAUGAUAUUUUUGAGAAUGUCCAUUCUUACAAUGUUUCUACCCCAGACAUUGCAAAUAAUAGUUUAGUCACUGCUCCUGUAUCUCACAGUUUGUUACCUCACGAGGGCUGUAAGAAUUUGCGUCAAGACAGUGUAAAAUCUACACCUGUUAUGAAUUUCAGUACACAAAAUAAUAUACUCCCAUCACAAAACAUGACUGAUAACCAAACCCAAACAAUAGAUUUGUUAAAUGAUCUUGAAAACAUACUGUCUGGUAAUCUGCCAGGCCAGACUUUGGAUAGCCGUAGUCUCCUGUCUGAUAGUAAUACUGGAGCUGACACUCAGCUGUCAUCUGGGUCAACCCAGAACCCAGGAAUUGAUUUUGACAUUGAAGAGUUUUUUUCAGCUUCAAAUAUCCAAACUCAAACAGAAGAGAGUGACCUUAGCAACAUAAACACUGAACCUGUCUUGGAAUCUCUGGAUAUAGAAACCCAAACAGACUUCUUGCUGGCAGACAGCACCACUCAGUCUUACAGUUGCAAGGGCAAUUCCAACUUCCUAGGGCUAGAAAUGUUUGAUACUCAAACACAGACUGAUUUAAACUUCUUCUUAGAUACUAGUCCUCAUCUGCCUCUGGCAAAUAUUCUGAAACACUCUAGCUUUUCUGUAAGUACUGAUUCUUCUGACACAGAAACUCAAACUGAAGGACUCUCUGCUGAUAAAAAUGUACCUGGCUUGGGAAAAGUCCAAUUGAAUAGUACAGAAACCCAGACUAUGAAUAGUGGUUUUGAAAGCCUUGGGAAUUUAUUCUUUACCAGCAAUGAAACUCAAACUGCAAUGGAUGACUUUCUUUUGGCUGAUUUGGCUUGGAAUACGAUGGAAUCUCAGUUCAGUUCUGUUGAAACACAGACAUGUGCUGAACUGUGUUCUGUUUCAAAUUUCUAAGUGUGAGAAAAAACUUUUGGAAACUUUAAUGAAAAAAUGAAAGAAUGGAGGACAAUAGUGGUCUCUCUGUGGUGAAUGUAACUGAACUUAUGCAGUUCCUCAAAAUAAUUUUAUUGUAUUUGUAAACAUGAAACUUGUAUGUGUUUUAUAAAGUGUCAAUGUCUAUAAAUUAUUAUUUUUUA